CCUCUCGCUGUCCCGGGAAACUUCAGCUUCGGGAACCCAGGCCCAGGCGUUUCAGGGCUGCAGAGCGCUGGUGAACUAGAGCAAACGCCGCGGAGUCUUCAGCUGGCCUCACGCGGCGCUCAGAGGAGGUCUCCGGCUCGAGUUCUACCCCAGUUCCGCUUCACAACCUCUUUUUCUACAUUUUUCCGACAGACUCGUCCUCCCCUUUCUGAGCUUCGACGUGAUCCUCCUCCCCUGGACACAUGAAGUCCCUCUCGCCGGCCGCACCCAUUCUUCUGGCGCGGAUGAACCCGCAGGUGCAACCCGAGAACAGCGGGGCAGACCCUGAGUCCUCACAACCCUCUCGGGGAUGCAAAACUGCGGAUCUGCUGGUAGUGAAGGAGCACAACGGCGUUCAGUGCCUCCUAGCUCCCCGGGACGGGGAUGAGCAACCUCGGGAGACCUGGGGCAAGAAGAUCGACUUCCUGCUGUCAGUGGUAGGCUUCGCGGUGGACCUGGCCAACGUGUGGCGCUUCCCCUACCUCUGCUACAAGAACGGUGGUGGUGCCUUCCUGAUCCCAUACACCCUGUUUCUCAUCAUUGCUGGGAUGCCUCUGUUCUACAUGGAGCUGGCUCUGGGGCAGUACAACCGGGAGGGGGCAGCCACAGUGUGGAAGAUCUGUCCUUUCUUCAAAGGAGUUGGCUAUGCUGUGAUCCUCAUGGCCCUCUAUGUUGGCUUCUACUACAAUGCCAUCAUCGCCUGGUCGUUCUACUACCUCCUUGCCUCCUUCACUUUGAACCUGCCCUGGACUGACUGUGGCCAUGCCUGGAAUAGCCCAAAUUGCACUGACCCCAAGCUCCUCAACAGCUCCGUGCUGGGCAACCACACCAAGUACUCCAAGUACAAGUUCACACCGGCCGCAGAGUUUUAUGAGCGUGGUGUCCUGCAUCUUCACGAGAGCAGUGGGAUUCACGACAUUGGUCUUCCCCAGUGGCAGCUCCUACUAUGUCUCAUGGUCAUUGUCAUCAUCCUGUAUUUCAGCCUCUGGAAAGGAGUGAAGACAUCAGGGAAGGUGGUGUGGAUCACCGCCACGCUGCCUUACUUUGUGCUGUUCGUGCUCCUGGUCCAUGGAAUCACGCUGCCUGGCGCCUCUGAUGGCAUCAGUGCCUACCUGCACAUCGACUUUUAUCGCCUGAAGGAAGCCACGGUGUGGAUUGAUGCUGCAACUCAAAUAUUCUUUUCCUUGGGGGCUGGAUUUGGAGUCUUGGUUGCAUUUGCUAGUUACAACAAAUUUGACAACAAUUGUUAUAGGGACGCCCUGCUGACCAGUACCAUCAACUGUGUCACCAGUUUCAUCUCUGGGUUCGCCAUCUUCUCCAUCCUUGGUUAUAUGGCCCAUGAACAUAAGGUCAACAUUGAGGAUGUUGCCACUGAAGGUGCUGGGCUUGUGUUUAUCCUGUAUCCAGAAGCCAUUUCUACCCUGUCAGGAUCUACAUUCUGGGCCAUCCUGUUUUUCAUCAUGCUCCUGACUCUGGGCCUUGACAGCUCUAUGGGAGGCAUGGAAGCAGUCAUCACAGGCCUGGCUGAUGACUUCCAAGUCUUGAAGAGACACCGGAAACUCUUCACAUUGGCCGUCACCCUUAGCACCUUUCUUCUGGCCCUGUUUUGCAUAACUAAGGGUGGAAUUUAUGUCCUGACUCUCCUGGACACUUUUGCAGCAGGCACCUCCAUCCUGUUUGCAGUGCUCAUAGAAGCCAUCGGAGUUUCCUGGUUUUAUGGUGUGGACAGGUUCAGCAAUGACAUCCAGCAGAUGAUGGGGUUCAAGCCGGGCCUGUACUGGAGACUGUGCUGGAAGUUCUUUAGCCCAGCCUUCCUUCUGUUUGUGGUGGUUGUCAGCAUCAUCAACUUCAAACCACUCACCUAUGACGACUAUGUCUUCCCCACCUGGGCCAACUGGCUCGGGUGGGCCAUUUCCCUCUCGUCCAUGGCCCUGGUUCCAGCUUACAUCAUCUACAAGUGCCUCAGCAUGCGGGGCUCCCUUCGGGAGAGACUGGCUUACGGCAUCACACCGGAGAAUGAGCACCACCUGGUGGCCCAAAGGGAAAUCAGGCAGUUCCAGCUACAACAUUGGUUGGCCAUCUGAACAUGAUGCUGAGGAGGAGGAGCCUGCCCUGCCCAGGUCCUGGUCAAAGGCCUCUGCUUCGCUCCUGCCCGGACACUGCCUUGGAAUUCUUCUCCCAGAAGAUGCCCUUUCAAGCCCUCUCUUCUUUCCUUGGUUACAAAUGACUUAGUGACUAUGAUUUUUGUUCACCUCUGUUCAUGUUGCCUAAGGCCUGUGAGUGAAGGAUUGAUGAGCCUCAAGGGAGAGGAGGAAAGGAGGAAGCCAUAAAAAUAACUUGUGGAACCCGAUUUUGUGGGGUAGGUGUCAUUACUUUUGGAGCCCACCCAAGCUAAAAUCUAUGGCUCAGGCAGAAUCUUUUACCACAUUUACUUGUACUUUGGGCGACAGAAGAAAAUCUCAUUCCACCAAAUCUGAGAAAGGAUGGGCUUUAUAUCAGACACCAAAAUGUCAUCAAAAAUCUGGUUUAGUUUGGUGUGUGGAUGGGGAAUUCAUACGACCCUCUUGUCUUUUACCCAUUCCAGGAAGCACUGUGGUAUUUGAACUUCAUUUUGGGAAUUUCAGUUUAUUUGCCUCUAAAAUGAAAUCAGUAGAUUGAUGUUUUGGGGACUUUAAGCAGAAAUUUUCACAGUUAGUUUUCACUCUGGCUAUCUGCAUUUGAUUAGUGUAUGAUCCAGAAUGUUCCUUCGGCUUCUGCUGUGCAGAUGUUCCACAGCCAUGGAAACCAAGGAAAGAAUGCAGGUGAAUCAGAGUGAGCAGGGUCCCCAGGGGAUCUCUAUUAGGCAGAGGCCACUAGACCAGCCAUAUGUACGGAAGGCAUGUGCUAGUCUUGUCCUGUGAAGAGCAUGAGAUCUUCAAAACUGAGUGGUUGUUCCUGAGAUCUUCUGGGGAAAAUGGGACAGGGACUUGGGGAAGCCAAGGUGGGCAACCAUAGGACUCUCUGCUAUCCUUUCGGGGUCAUGUAGGUGACAAACUGUCAUGGAUAUUUACUGUUCAUGGACACUAGGAAAACCUUCCCUGAGGACCACAGCACAUACCAGGAAUCCUGAGUAGUGGGGAGUUAACCCUGAAAACUUUUGUCUCUUGUCAAGAUCUGGACACCUUGGCACCUUGGGUAGGGGGUGGGACUAAGCACUCCAUGACCCAGUCACUCAAAAUGAGAGAAUGUUCCGAGUGGGAGAUCAGGUUGGUAGGUUUAGGACAUUCCUAGGUUUGCUUCUGAUGAAAUUCUCAAGUGAUGGUGGUGAGUUUCAGUUCUGUGAGAAAUGAUCAUUGGUUUGCAAAAUGGGUGGCAUUUAAUUGGGAUUUCUACUUAUGGUUUGAGUCUCAUGAACUCACUGGGAAUCAAAAUUGUGCAUUCCUAUUUUAACCAUGGGAGCCCUUGUUGCACAUUAGCCCACUUCAUUUACCCUGGGGUGUGGGUGACACACUGAGUACGCUGGGGCUAAAUCCAGGAUGCCUGUGAGCCCCUCAGUUGCUGCAAAAACAGGGUUGGGUAGCACUCUUUAGAGACAGUGGUGGCUCAUCUCUGAGCAUCAUGGAGGUUUUAGACUGAAUCAAGACCUUUAGGUCACUCUUUGGAGAAUAAAGAGAGGAAAUGAGUAGCCUUUUGAUCUUUUAUUAAGAGGAGGUCAGCAUAUGGCCUGAGAUAGCCUCAGUGACCUGCACCUUGGGCCCCUGGGAAAGAUGAGGCCAGUUGCACACAGAUGGAAAGGAUCAGGUGCUGGUCUGAAUACCUUGACUCUUUCUAUGAGUGAUAAUACCUUCCUAAAUGCUAUCAUUUUUAUAAACAAAGCACUUUUCCUAUGUUGCCUCCCAGCUGCCUUGGACCGGCUUCUGUUUUCCCACCUGUUUGGUGAGAAAACUAACACUUGGCAUUUAAGUUCAUGUUGAAGGACUGAUUUCUGAGGAAGUGAGUUGGGACUCCAUGGCCAACCUCAGCUCUCAGCUGAUAGAACUUGGGAAUACCCUCACCAUAUGGUCCAUCCCACCUAGGACUGUCACGAGACACAGAACCCACAGAAACCUAUUCAAGGGCCAAAGAGAACCUCUUAGCCAAAGAACAAUGUAUUCGAACACAGGAAGAGGAGAAAGAAUGGCAUUCAUUCUUACCUAGAUCAUUAACAGACAGAAGAUUGUUUAGCUGUCAUGCUCUUUUCAUGAAAAUAACUGCUCUUUAAAUAAUAGGACCUGAGACGCUAAAUCCACUUGGCUGACCUGAGCACCCACUCAGAAAGACCCGUGUGCAUUAAAUCCCAGCCAGCCUGCUAUUUUCUUCUUAGUCACUUGUACUGUGGUCCUUCUGCCUGUAGACAUUGUCCUUGGGGCUAAUUGGAGGAGUGGUGCUAGCUGAAUGAACAUCAAACCAAUGUCAUGGUGCUGCCUUGUGGUGAAGUUGGAUCCUGAGUCUGGGGUAGAUGGAGAGGUUCCUGGCUCUAAUCCUAGGUCCCUUGAGAGGAUCGGGGUACUCAGAAAGGCCUUGAGGUUUCUCACAGAGGUUCUGGGAGACCACUGGGUUGACCUUUCCACCUACAUGUGCCAGAGAAAGAUUGUGUGCUUCAUCCUAAGUAAUGCUUGACUUCUUUUGUGUAACCUUUUUUUAAUAGAAGUCACCCAGGACCAGGGUGCUCCUGUGUACUGUAUAUGACACUUGACACUUUUGAUAUUUUACUAGGUUUUUAAAGAAUUAUUGUUUUCCAUGAAACAUAA